AUGUCAACGGGAAACAAAGAGACUUUCUCCAUGUGGGUUGGAGGGGCAGAAAUUCAAGGCAACGCAGAGCGAUUACAUAUUGAAGAUCCCGCAACCAGCGAGAUAUUUGCAUAUUGCCAUGCUGCAUCAACAAAAGACGUAGAUGAAACUGUCAAAAAGGCACACAAUGUAUUCAGAUCCGGCGUCUGGUCCAAAGCUCCGCGGCAUGUUCGCGCAGACACUUUGGACCGCAUUGCUGAAUUCUUGACUAAAAACUUGCCACGACUGAUCGAGCUGGAAGUUCGACAGACUGGAAGAGCCAUCAGAGAGAUGAAUGCGCAAGUGCCUACUCUAGUCAAGUGGUUCAAGUACUACGCUGCGCUUAUCAGGACCGAGGAGCGAUCCGUACUGCCUACCGUCGGCAAACUGCACAAUUGGAUCGACCGCAAGCCUCUCGGUGUCGUUGCGCAGAUAACGCCGUUCAACCAUCCCAUGUUGAUCGCUGUGAAGAAGAUAGCACCUGCACUGGCUGGUGGUAAUUCAAUUGUGCUGAAGCCCAGUGAAUUGACUCCUCUGACGAGCAUCGAGCUUGGGAAAUUGUUCAAGGAGGCCGGCUUGCCAGAUGGUGUCUUCAAUGUGCUACCGGGGGAUGGGCUAACCACCGGUAAAGCGCUCGUGGAACAUCCACUGAUCAAAAAGGUCGACGUUACCGGAGGUACGCCUGCUGGCCGAGCCAUUGGGGCUACUGCUGGACGGAACCUUGCUCACUAUACCGCUGAACUUGGCGGGAAAGCCCCACUCAUUGUCUUUGAGCAAGCGCACAUCGAUUUAGCUGUCAAUGGCAUCGUCUUUGGAAGUUUUAUUGCAAGCGGCCAGACAUGCGUUGCGGCAACUCGCAUUAUAGUGCACAAUAGGGUCAUCGAUCAGGUUGUAGAGAAGCUAAAGGUCAAAUCGAAGAGCAUCGAGAGACGAAUGGGCUCGCCAAAGAAUGUAAAAUCUAUGAUGGGGCCAUUGAUCUCGGAGAAACAACUCAACAAUGUCUCGGUAUUGGUCAAUGACGCUGUCGAAGCAGGUGUAACGGUCAUCACGGGUGGUCAAAGGAUGAGCGGAACAUCAUCUCUCGAUAACACAGAUUUUGCACAGGGUUACUUCUACCCGCCAACAAUUCUUACCGACAGCCCCUCCAAAAAGAUCACCGAUACCCGAAUCUGGAGAGAAGAGGCUUUUGGCCCGGUCAUUGUUGUCGUUGGUUUCGACACCGAAGAAGAAGCAUUGAACUUGGCGAAUGACAGUGAAUUUGGACUCGGCGCAGCAAUCUGGACGCAGGAUCUUUCCCAAGCUUUUAGAGUUUCGGAGAGCAUCGAGAGCGGCAUUUGCUGGGUGAAUACGCACCACCGCAAUGAUCCUAGCUCACCGUGGGGUGGUAUCAAGAGCUCAGGUGUUGGGAGCGAGAACGGGAUAGAUGCUUAUCAUGCAUACACCACCACAAAGAGUACAAUCAUCAACUAUGCAACCGCGGAAGAGGGCCUUGCUAGCGAUGAUUGGUUCCGAGAAGGGUCUGGAGAUGUCAGGUACGGCUAG